AUGUCAUCCUCGACCAUGAUUGCUCUGCCGAACCCUCCUGGCACUCACAAGUAUCGCAAAUCCAACGCCUCUGCAACCGAAUACCCCAGUCCCGAGUCUGCUCAUGACUCCUAUCAGAGGCACUCUCAUCACUAUACACACCAGCCUCACUAUCAACACCAACACCAACACUACCAGCAACAACAGGGCGCCCAUUAUCAACAGCAGCUGCAUCAGCAAUACCAACAACAACAAUACCAACAACAACCACAACACCAACAAUAUCAGUAUCGCUCAAGUCACUCGCGCCAGCAUUCGCGUCAACUCUCGCAGCACUCUUUCACAUCUCAGUUCCAGCCGUACCAUCUGCCCUCACCGCAGUCUCCUUCAAGCUCCACGAUGCCGUCGGGCAUUGAACGCCUACCCAGCAAUGUUCAGCAAAAGGUCUAUAAUGAUCUAGACUAUCAGUCUCUGAUUCACUUGUCCAGCACGAACCGAUAUUUUAAUCAGACAAUCGAGCCUCAGAACAUGGCUGAUCCUGCCGACAAGGCUCAAUUCGUCAUGAGAGCCGCCAAGGACUUUCCACAGCACCGACCUAGUGAAAAAGGCCACGACUAUAAGCCGGGAAACUUUGAGUGCUACGUCUGCUUCCGAGUCCGCACUCCCGAACACUUUGAUAUGCUGCAGCCCCAGCAUGCCUACGUCGACCCCAGUGGACGCCUAGUGACUGAUCGCGACCCUCAGCCUGGCCGAGACAAGCAAAUUGCCCUACGACGUUUUUGCAUCGAGUGCGGUGUUCGCGAGGGCCUCCAUGUGCCUUUUGACUGCCUCACGACUCGCACUGGCCGCGAUCUCUGGGUGUGCAAGUGCCGACGGAUUUGGGCCAAGCCGGGCUGCCUCCGCUGCCCCGACUGCCGCGCUGACUGUCCCCUGCGACCCAAAAAGAAGUUUGGUUUCUAA